UCGGGUUGACGAACGCGGAUCCGGCAGUAUUUCUCUGCUUAACGUCUGUGUGAACGGGCUGCGCGCUAAGUCUCCAACGGCAGCGCCAAACUACUUGGAGCCGAGCGCUGAGGAUCUUAAAAAAUCUGUGUGUGUGUGUCACUAGCUUCAAUUAAAUGUAAAAAGAAAAAGAUUAUUGUCAUUCGGCUUACCGUGUUUAAAAAAAGUCAAAUUUUGCUUGUAUCGAAAGAUUUAUUAACAUUACGUAAGAAAUUUAUUGUACAGAAAGUGGGAAUUCAUAAAACUCUUGCGAGGUUUGAAGCUAUCGAAGCGAGCAGAUGUUACAAGCAAACGAAACAGGCAAAUCAACUGCCAAUGAAAUUGUGAACAACUAUAACACUGCCAAAAUUUUCACCACAAUUGUGUUCAUACCGCCUGCCAGUUGUAGUCACCGCUGCCACACAUACGCUGCAGCCACAGUGAGCGUGCCACAUAGCAGCUGAGACUACGCCAACACGCCAAUACGCCUUACAACACCACCGCCACCACUACUGCCAAUAAAAUGCCAAUUUGCAACAAGCCACCGCUAUCGCUGAGCCAAGCAAAAGGUGCCACCGAUUUCGAUGACCACGCCUCAGAAGCAGCCAAAAUGAAGCGCACACGCGAGCAAGCCUACUUCAAUUCAUACAAUUUCGAUGCAAUCCAAACGUUGCCCUACGACAAUGAUAUCGAAAACAUGGAGGAGAAAGUACAACAACAGGCGGGCAGUCUGGGAAGAGUGCCGACUACUGUUUCCACAAACACAGUCACUACAAAAGUUCCGUCUAAUGCUGGCAAUGGCAGUGGCAGCGGCAGCGGUAUCGGAAUCAGUAGCGGUAACAGUAACCAGAAUCAACCACAGCACAAUACGCUUAAAACAAUGUUUCGUGGUGCAUCGUCAUUCGCCCCAACGCAGAGCAAUCGCAGCCGCAGCAGCUUGCACAGCAGUUUGCAUAGUAGCAGUGGUCGUAGCAGCGGGCGCGGAAGUCAACGUAGUGGCCAUAGCAGCGAUGCUGAUGGCUAUUUGCGUCGCCAACAUUCCGGCGAACUGACCUACACGUAUAUGCAACGCUUUGGUGCACACUUAGUGCACUCGCGCAAUGCUUCGCCGUCAUCGGAUUUGGAGAGAGGUGGCAAUACGGUUAGCCUUCAAGGAGGAGGAGGAGGACCAGGAAACGGAGUAGGUGCCGUCGCGUCCGAAGAAAUUGCGCCGGUGCACGGAAAGUGUGCAACGGAAGUGUCGGAGAAUGGGAGUUUUCUGCUGCCACGCGCCAUGCUGAAGUACCAAAGUGUUGGCAGUGCAAAUUCAAUGCCAUUGGCAGUCAACAGUAGUGGACGCGCGGACAAAUUACUGCAAAAUGGCCAUAACCACCAGCAGAGCGGCAACAGUAAUAAUAGCAACAACAACGAAAGCAGCAAUAAUUGCAGCAACAGCAAUGUCAGCAGCAGCAGCAGCAGCGGUAAAACAAUGAUGAUGACCACCAAUGCCAUUAGCAACAAACAUACACAACAUACACAAUACAACACCAACAGCAAUAGCCACAACACCAGUAAUAAUAAGAGUAAUGCUGUUACAAGCACAGCCAUCACAAAGGCGAUAAAUAACAGCAACAGUAAUAACAUAAACAUAAACCCCAGCAGCAACAACAAGAGCAAUAGCAAUAUUACUAAAAACAGGCUAAACUAUGCGAAUAGCAAUGAUGGUUACGCCAGUUUACUAGUCGCCAACAACAUCGAUAGUGGUGUGCCUUUCAGAGUAACAACGGCCACGAAGACGGCAGCAGCCGCAACAGCAACAGUGCCAAUAGCAACCACCUUAACACCGGGUGCAGCCGUGCGCGUCAAGAAACAGUCUAACAGUUCGACAAUCACAACAACGACCACGUCUAGCAUUAGCGCCGAACACGACGAAGCGCCGCCACGGGCAAACAACAGCAAAGCUACAACGUCGAAAACAACCGACUCCAAAUUGGCACAGAGCGGUGACAGUGAGCGCCGUGGACGCACCAAUUCACAUCAGUCGCACUAUUCGACAGACAAAAGCGGCUCGUCCGGUUACUAUAGCUCGAACGUUUGCUCCACAUAUUCGCUGGACGAGCAUAUCUAUUGCGAACCGGUUAUAGAUAUCCUAAAUGUGAGCAAUAGUGGUUGUGACGCUGGUGGUGGUGGUAAGUGCAGCAAAAGUUCACGUUUGGAGUGCUCAGACAAAGCAACGGCUAGUGGUGAUAACAACAAAAGCACAAAAGCAGCGCUAGGGACAACAACGUUGGCCAAUAGUCACGUGAGGGACAUGAGCAGUAAAGGAGGUGCGAUAAAACGCGGUUUCGGGCGUCGCAAUGGUAGUGCAGCGCCGACAAGUCGAAACGGCGAAAGUGGUAUUGCUGGUUGUAGUGAGAUGGAUGGCGAGGACGAUUGUGAUGGCGAUGCAGAGGAUGAGGCUGCAGCGCGUCAUACCAACAGCAUUGGCAGGAAUUCGAAGAGUGUAGAAGAGACAACGUUUGGCGUGAGCAAAAUACCGGCUAGUUUGCAAUUUUUACUACAACGACAAACCUCCGAGGAAUAUACACCAUCACAACAUUUCAACGAUAAUCUGCGUAUAUUGGAGACUAGCAUCGAGAAUCUCGAUCGCCAUUUGAAAAAUUUUCCAAGUCUGAGUUCUCACGAACGUAUAGCCGCUUUUGUACAGUCACAUCAUCAUCUUCAUCAACACCAACACGUAUAUCAGCAAAUGCCGCUGGCGGAGACUGGCGACAAACUGGCUAUCCGUGUACCUCAACAUCCGCAACAUUAUUUGCCCACCAUUAUGGAAGGUUACGAUCCCACCAAUCAACCGCGUCGUUCAUGGCCCGAUGAGAUGGUGGAUGAUUCGCUACUCGAUAUAGACCUCGACUCAUUUUUGCUAGUCAACGAGCGCAAUGCUGGCGGCAAGUUGCAUAAAAGCGGGCCGAUGCGCGAUAGUGGCAUCGACAAUCCCACAUUUCUCACCGAAGAGCAAGAGGAGGAGAAUAAUUAUAAGUGCGCAAAAUAUAUCAAUUCCUGUCCCGACGAUGCAUAUCGCGUUGAAAGUGAUAUCGUUGCUGGCAUGGGCACAGUUUCGGAAAAGUCCAGUACGGUUGCAGACCAUUAUAUGAAACGCUACGAAGACCAACUGCAUUUCCAGAGCACACGUGAGCUGCUCGAAGAUGUACGCGACAAAAUACGUUUGCUAUCGCAGGCGAGUGGCAGCGCCGGUUCGCAUAGCCCCGAAUUGCACUUGAGUCGUGGUGUACAUACCGAACAACUACCAUGCGAACUGGAAGGCAUGAUUAAAAUGCUAAAAAGCGAACUUGAAAACUAUUUGGAUCGCAUGAAUCAGCACAGCGAAUUAGAAAUACGCCAACUGUGCAGUGGUCUUGUAAGGAAUCAUAAUAUCGUAAAAAUGAAGAAGGCAUUCGAACGUCGUCGUUCAACGCAUAGUCUCGGUACGAACGAAUCGGAUUACGGCUAUAUUGGCAACUACGAAGCAAUCGGCGAUGGUGUGCCAGCGAGUAUACGUGAACAGAUCGCUUCGAUACGUUGCGCGAGUGAUCCGAAUUUUAAAAUGAAACGCAAAUCUCUAACCGACGUGUUUCCCAUUGCGGAAUGUUAUGCAGUGUCCGAAAAUCUGCAACGUGUACCGUCGCAAGUGUCACUACAGCAACGUCGUCCGUCGCUACCGCGUCGAGAUCGUGAACGCUUGGAUCAAAGACAACGGGAACGCGAUCAAAAUAUAAUCACAUUACAUGUGCCCACAACACAAUUGCAGCGUAAUCUCUCGUUCCAACAACCGAUAUUAAGUAAAUUAGAUGCGAAAGCAUUGGCAAUGCCUGCGGCAGAUGCCGAAGUUGGUAGCAAAAGCAAUCCGAAUGCUGGCAGUAGUGCUGCCGGCAACGGUAGCGGUGCUGAAUCGGGGGAAUCCGGUGAUAAGGACUCGAUUUUGGAAUGGCACCGAAAGAAGCCGAGCAUUUGGGAAAUGUACUACGGUACGAAUCGUAUGAAUCAGUCAUUGCUGGGCAAGCGCAAUGGCAUGGUCACGAACAACAACAAUCAGGUCACAAUGUCGUAUCCAUCAUCACGUCCUGAGUCCGAUUUUACUUUGGACCUGCCGCGUGCUGAGCAAUUACGCAUCAAAAUGGAAAAGGAAAAGAAAUUCCGCCAAAGAUGUCGCUAUAUAACAACUUUUUUGAGUCUGGUGUUCUUUCUACUCACGGUCAUGGUGGUCAGUUUGGUAUUGACAAGGGGCAAGCGAAUGUUCGGCAGUAUGAUCUAAGGCAAAAGUGAAGUAAAAGUAGAAGAAGAAGGACAAAAACAAUAAGCAAAUAAUUUAUAUUAAUAUAACCUAAAAAUUGAGUAGACAAUGGUAAACUACCAAGAAAAAUGAGCUUUCGAAACUUGAAUUUGCCUAUAUAAUAUUAUUUCCGUAUAGAUUUUUGUUUUUUAACUGACUAUUGCAAGUUUUGAUAACCUCAAAUCCGGUUUGAGUAAAAGAGUUCCAAUCGUAUUUAUAUUAAUUGCACCGAAAAAGAUACAUAUUUCAAAAAUUUUAAAUGUAAAAAAUUCUAUUUGAUUUUGGAGUCUGACGAUCGAUUAUUUUAUUAUUGAUAAUUUUAUAAAAUUGAUACUUUUAGCUAAAAAAAAUUUGAGUUAGUUUUUGAGUAGAAUAAAAUUUAAUUGUUUUGUGCGUUAAACCUAGGGAUGUGCGCUGUUGACCCGAAGUUUUGAGGUUAGUUCCCAACUUUUCAAAACUAAACAAAAAACCAUGUCUCAACUCAAAAAAGAAGGGUUAGGAGACGGUAUAAAACUGUAAAUCACGCCGAUUGUGGGACAAAAAUUUAGAGAGGCAUCACAAUUCGGCGAAGAAAUGUGACAUAAACGUGUCAGCGUUGUAUGCGCUAUAUUAUUAUUUUAUUAUGUACAUCAUUUUUUAUUUAGAAAUUUAUAUUUUAAAACAAUUUUUUUGAUAAACAAAUAUAUACACAUACGUUUUGGUUUUA